AUGAACUCCUAUUUUGACACUAGGUACGAGAACGCUGGGAAGAAGGACUUUGCUGCUGAUCGCGAGAUGAUGUUACAGCUCUUCGUCCUGAUUCGUCUAGACGAAACCUUAAGGGAGUUUCAUGUUCUAUCCUGGGAUGGUGAGGGUCAAGUUAGUCAGUUCACGGGUGUCUGGAAGCGGGGUCUGGAGGAGUACGACAAGAUAUUACCGGUGGGAGCGAAGGUUUCCAUUGGUUACGAGUCCUAUGUUGCUGGAUCGUCUUGUUGCCUGUGCCCCGGAGGGACCGAGGCCAGUUCUGAGGAGAGUUUGAUCUUAGGGCAUAACUGA